AUGGAACCUCCCGGAACCGGUUCCCCGACCUCGACUGCGGCGAUCAGCACUACAACCUCCGUCAGGGGCGUAGGAUGCCCGACGUUUCGCUUCGAGGGAAUCGCUGGCGCAGCUCGCUCGGGAGCGACUGUGUCCGAUACGAACUCGCGGCGACCGGAGCGCUUUGGAGCACGUGCCUCUACGAGCGUCGAGGAAGCAACCAAAGCGAUGCUUCGCCUGCAAACCAAGAGCUGGUGGUGGCGAUGCGGUAUACAGCGACGAUCAGUGGGAGCCUGGUUCGGUGGACACAACCUCAUUCGUUCUGGUGACGGGAGCCGGGCGCUACGACGUCCAGAGCAGCCGCGAUCUGACCCAGCUGGGCGCUACGUACAGCAGCGUCCAGCCUGGGGUCUAGUUCAUCGUCUCUGUCAGGUGGUCGACCAGCAACAAAGAACCGAAUGUGUCGCUGCAGGUACCCGUUUGUCGUGCGUGGACCGGUGGCGCCCCCGAGGUGCGCUUCGGAGGCGUUCGAGUGCGGCAGCGGACUCGCUUCCGCCCCACGUUCCGAUCAAGAUGCCAGCGCUAUCACCUACCAUGAAAGCCGGUAACCUCUUGGCGUGGAAGCGACGGGAGGGUGAACCUGUAACCGCCGGGGAUGUGUUGGCGGAGAUCGAAACCGAUAAAGCCACCAUUGAGUUUGAAAGUCAGGAAGAGGGCAUUUUAGCGAAAAUUCUUGUUCCCGACGGCACCCAGGACGUUCCCGUGGGCACCUUAAUUGCCGUUCUGGCUGAAGAUGAAGAACACGUAUCCGCGUUGCAACGUAUGGACUGGAAUUCUGCAACGAAACCGGAGAGCACCUCUGUUCAGCGCCAAAGGUAUGCACUGGCGACGGAGAUGCAGCAGCAGCAGCAGCAGCAGCAGGCCUCGUCGGGCUCCACAGAGGCAGACACGUCAAUGACCCAGCAACUUGAACAGGAAUCCGAGCCGCUGCCGUGGCGGUAUGGACCGGCAGUGGCCACCAUGUUGGCGAAUCACGAACUACCAGCGGCGUUGGUACAAAGGUUGCAACCCAGUGGACCUCGCGGUCAUGUCCUCAAGGGGGACUUGCUGCGCGUGCUGGCUGCAGCAAAGGGUUCUGGGGCAGCUUCGACGCGUCGCGAUUCACAGAGCGCUGCUGAAGUGCAGCGGUCGUCGUCUUCUUUCGUGUCAUCGACACCGCAUGGGCCGGGAACAGGUACGGCAGCUGAGGGCUCCAGGGUGCUGCCGUCGCGAGAACACCAGCAGGUACCAACAUCAUCAUCGCCAUCGCCAGCAGCAGCAACACCAACAACAACAACAACCCAGUUUCGCGAUAUUCCCCUGAGUCAGGUACGACGUGUGAUUGCGGAACGCCUGCUAGAGUCCAAACAAAAGGCACCCCACGCGUACCAGUCCAUUGUGGUGAACUUCGAGGCACUGCUCGAGCUUCGCCAGACCAUCAACAUGUUGGCAGCAAAUUCGUUGCAGGCGCUUCGAACACCAAAACUCACCGUCAACGACUUGCUCCUUCGUGCAGUGGCGAUUGCACUGCGGGAGCAUCGAUCGCUGAAUACCAACGCAGAACGAGUCGACCUGGCGUUUGCCGUCGCCACGCCGACCGGUCUGAUUACCCCGAUCAUUCACGACGCGGACACCAAAAGCGUCAGUGUCAUAGCUGCGGAGUCGCAGGAUCUUGUUCAACGAGCUCGACAGAACAAGCUCAAACUGCACGAGUUCCAGGGCGGCUCGUUCAGCAUCAGCAACCUGGGGAUGGUACCGGCGAUCGCGCGUUUCACGGCGAUUAUCAACCCACCACAGGCAGGUAUCUUGGCGAUCGGAGCACCUCAGAGGCGUCUUGUUCCGAGAGCUGCAAACUUGACGUCACAGUCAUCCGUGGAACCGCUGGAUACCGAGCGACUGCGUUUUGCCACGCUCACUCUCAGCUACGAUGCAGGACGCGUGCAGCGAACAGCGAGUCUGGCGUUUCUGCAGGACCUGCAGCGACUGAUAGAAAGCCCGUCAUGGUUGUUGGUAUAG